AUGGCUCGGUCAAAGAGAGGGGUUCAGUUCCCCAACCGCAACGGUGACAAACGACGAUCAAGCUUCAGCAGCGAAGAUGGCGGUUCUCCCACUUUGCUCAAGUCCCAAUCUUCGGGCCAGCUGGAAACAGUCAACGAGAAGCAACCUCCAGCCAACGAGCAGCAAGCCGAGUACGAAAAGAAGAAGGCCAACUUCAUAACCCGCACUUUCUGGACAUUUGUCAUGUUCGCCUUGUUCUUUACCGCACUCUUUAUGGGCCACAUUUACAUUAUCUGCAUCAUUACCGCUGUCCAGAUCGUUUCCUUCAAGGAGGUUAUUGCCAUUGCCAAUGUUCCCAGCCGCGCCCGCUCCCUGCGAUCGACUAAAAGUCUCAACUGGUACUGGCUGGCAACCACCAUGUACUUCCUCUACGGCGAGACUGUCAUCUACUACUUCAAGCACAUUAUUCUGGUUGACAAGGUCCUGCUGCCUCUGGCUACUCACCAUCGCUUCAUCAGCUUCAUCCUCUAUGUGUUCGGUUUCGUCUUCUUUGUUACCUCCCUUCAAGCUGGCCACUACAAGUUCCAGUUCACCAACUUUGCCUGGACUCACAUGGCUUUGUACCUCAUUGUCGUACAGGCCCAUUUCAUCAUGAACAACGUCUUCGAGGGCAUGAUCUGGUUCUUUUUGCCCGCGGCUCUAGUCAUCACCAACGACAUUUUCGCCUACAUCUGCGGUAUCAUGUUUGGACGCACUCAGCUCAUCAAACUCUCUCCCAAGAAGACCGUCGAGGGCUUCGUUGGUGCUUGGAUCAUGACUAUCGUAUUUGCCAUGCUCCUCUCUAACAUCAUGAUGCGAUCAAAGUACUUCAUCUGCCCUGUCAACGAUCUAGGAGCCAAUGUCUUCACCGGCCUCAAGUGCGAUCCCAACCCGGUCUUCCUCCCCAAGACAUACGAGCUGCCCGAGCUAUUCUUCCUUCCCGACACGGCCAACUUCUCUGUCACCAUCGCUCCCAUGCAGAUCCACGCCCUCAACCUGGCUACUUUCGCCUCUCUUAUUGCUCCCUUCGGCGGAUUCUUCGCUUCUGGUCUCAAGCGCACUUUCAAGAUCAAGGACUUUGGCGACUCUAUCCCCGGACACGGAGGCAUCACUGACCGCAUGGACUGCCAAUUCAUCAUGGGUUUCUUUGCCUACAUGUACUUCCACACCUUUGUUGCUAUCCACAAGGUCAGCCUCGGCUCCGUUCUCGAGACCGCCAUCACAAGCCUCAACCCCGAUGAGCAGCUCGAGCUCGUUAAGGGUAUGGGUCAUUAUCUCCGAAACCAGGGUAUCUUGACAGACGACUCUAUCGCGUGCAUCGAUAAGCUCAUGCCCGCGAACCAAUGA